CAGGGCAGAGGCGGGGAGAGUGACCAGGGCCAGGACUGUGACCACUGUCCCCUCCGCAGACACCUGCUACGUGCUGUCCUUCUCCAUCAUCAUGCUCAACACCAGUCUCCACAACCCCAACGUCCGGGACAAGCCGCCUUUUGAGCGCUUUGUGUCCAUGAAUCGUGGCAUCAACAAUGGCAGCGACCUGCCGGAGGACCAGCUGUGGAACCUCUUCGACAGCAUCAAGAGCGAGCCCUUCUCCAUUCCUGAGGACGAUGGCAAUGACCUCACUCACACCUUCUUCAACCCAGACCGAGAGGGCUGGCUGCUCAAGCUGGGGGGCCGCGUGAAGACGUGGAAACGGCGCUGGUUCAUCCUGACCGACAACUGCCUCUACUACUUCGAGUUCACCACAGACAAGGAGCCACGGGGAAUCAUACCCCUUGAGAACCUCUCCGUGCAGAAGGUGGACGACCCCAAGAAGCCAGAAGGUUUCUGCCUGGAGCUCUACAACCCCAGCUGCCGAGGCCAGAAAAUCAAGGCCUGCAAGACUGACGGCGACGGCAGGGUGGUGGAAGGCAAGCACGAGUCCUACCGCAUCUCAGCCGCCAAUGCCGAGGAGCGCGACCAGUGGAUUGAGGCCAUCCGAGCCAGCAUCACCCGCGUCCCCUUCUACGACCUGGUCUCCACUCGGAAGAAGAAGAUCGCCAGCAAGCAGUGAGAUUCCUGGAGGCAGCACUGGGGGCCGGUCAUCCUGGGAGUCCCGCGGCCUGCAGUGCCUGGACCCACCUCCCACCCAGUGCACUCUUUUGGGCCACAGACAUCACUGCGCUUCCCCGUUACCCUCAAGCUGACUCUUGAUGGGAAAGCAGAGGUCAGGAGGGUGGGUGGGGGGUACAGUGGGCCCAGAGUCCAGCAAUGAGGUCCCCCGCCCUACGUGCACUACCAGAAGGGGUGAGGAGAGCAGCCCGAGGAAAACCAGCACAGAACGCAGCAUCCUUUCUUCUCUCUGGGCCUCAGUGCCCUCAGCUCUGAAGCUCUUUGCGCCUUGAGAUGCUGUCAGGCCUCAAAGUAGGAGGAGCUGUGGGGUCCCCGAGUGUUUCCUCUCCUUGGCAAGGCUCUUCCUUCCACUCAGGUUCUCUCUGCCAGCCCCUCCUGUGUCCUCAGGUUGGGCUUGACCCUCCCUGCCUGAGCAGAGCUCAGUGCACACGGCUCAGACCCACAGACAGGACCCCGGGACAGAACCCCAGGACCUGCCCUAGGAGCCAGGCUCCAUGGGCUUAGUCCCAGCUUCGUCUCUGACUCGCUGUGUGCC